AUGUCUAAUAAACCAAGGUUCUCCGCUUACCCUGGAUUUGGGGACCACGCUUUUGAGUUAUAUGGGUAUAGCCAGGCUGUCCGAAUCGGUAGCCGUGUCGAGAUCAGCGGCCAAGGUGGAUGGGACCCCAAUUCGGAAGAUGUCGUGAUCUCGGCUGAUAUCAAGGAAGAGAUUGAUCAAGCAUUUCGAAAUGUUGACCUGACGCUGAAACAUGCAGGCAGCAAAGGGAUUUCUCAGGCCAUUCAAAUCAAAUCCUACCAUACCAACCUUGGAGAUGAAGUUAUUGGCUAUAUGACGGAGAAUCUCAAGAAGUGGAUUCCCGACCAUAAACCGAUCUGGACCGCCAUCGGCGUGACCAAGCUGGGACUUGUUGGUAUGCGCGUGGAGAUUGAGGCUGUUGCCCAUGACCCGCAAGAAGCAUAA